AUGCUGCCCAUGUACUUCGUCAAGACUCUCGAUGUGAUGAUACCGCCGGUCUGGAUUCCGAGUCACAGGAUUCGAAACUCCAAGAGUUUGGACCUUCACGUGUGGCCGUACGUAUUGACGACUGGAAUCUGCUUGGAGCGCAACCCCCCGUACACGUCUGGCACCACGAGCCAAACCGGCACGUGCAACAGCAACUCGUUCUCCAAGAAGAAGCCCACCAUCGGCGCGACAUUUCGCAUGAAGGGUGCGGCGGUGCUGGACGCGGCACUCAACACGUAG